UCACACACUCACUCUUGCAAACCCCAUCACCAACAAAAAAAAAAAAAAAAACUUUUAAAUUUAAUUAAUCUUAUCCACCGGCUUCGGGGGCGGCAGUCAUGGCUUCGGUGGCGGCAUCGACAGCGGCGGCGUGUCUAGGAAAGUCAGAAUUGUUGGGGAAUUCACUCAACUUAAGAAGUGCAACUUCCGCCCCAUGUAGCACACCAAGUGUUGGUCCAUGUAAGAUUGUUGCUCUUUUUAAUUUUGGUAAGAAGGCGGCUACUCCUCCUGCUAAGUCUAAGGCUAAGGUUGCUGUCGCUUCGCCUGCUGAUGACGAGCUCGCUAAGUGGUAUGGUCCUGACCGUAGGAUCUUCUUGCCUGAUGGUCUUUUGGACCGUGAUGAUAUCCCUGAGUACCUCAACGGAGAAGUUCCCGGAGACUAUGGUUACGACCCUUUUGGUCUUGGCAAGAAGCCCGAGGACUUUGCCAAAUACCAAGCAUUUGAGUUGAUCCACGCCAGAUGGGCAAUGCUUGGAGCAGCUGGGUGUGUUAUCCCAGAAGCCUUCAACAAAUUUGGUGCUAACUGUGGUCCUGAAGCUGUUUGGUUCAAGACUGGUGCCUUGUUGCUAGAUGGAAACACCUUAAACUACUUUGGAAAGAACAUUCCAAUCAACCUUGUUCUUGCUGUUGUUGCUGAGGUUGUUCUUCUUGGUGGUGCUGAGUACUACAGAAUCACUAAUGGCUUGGACUUUGAGGACAAGCUUCACCCAGGAGGCCCAUUUGACCCAUUGGGCUUAGCAAAAGACCCAGACCAAGCAGCCUUGUUGAAGGUGAAGGAGAUCAAGAAUGGUAGGCUUGCAAUGUUCUCAAUGUUUGCAUUCUUUAUCCAAGCUUACGUGACGGGCCAAGGCCCAGUUGAGAAUCUGUCUGCUCAUCUUAGCGACCCAUUCGGUAACAACUUGCUCACUGUCAUUGGUGGAGCUGCUGAAAGAGUUCCCACCCUGUAAUUUUCACAUUAUUUUGUACAUCUCUCAGUCCAGAUCCAGAAAACACAAAAAAGGAGCCUGUGUUUUGCAUUCGGGCACCAUGUUAAUGUUAAUCUCUACUGCUAUAAGAUGAGACCUAAUUGCGUUUUCUUUUA